UGUAGCAGAUAACAAAAAUGGACGAACAUGUGUGAAAAGCCGGUCUGAACACGAACAAUGAUUAGAAGGAAUAAUUUGAUUUUAUGUAUGUUAUGGCUGUAAAGUUUUAGAAUUGGAUAAAUCUGUCAAGAUGGAAGCCGUAAAGCAUUUCAAUAAUGAGCUGUCCAGCUUGUACGAGGUCAAGCCGCCAAUCUCAAGGGCGAAGAUGACCUCUGUGACCAAGUCUGCCAUCAAAGCAAUCAAACUCUACAAGCAUGUUGUGCAGAGUGUAGAAAAGUUUAUACAAAAGUGUAAACCAGAAUACAAAGUUCCAGGGCUCUAUGUCAUUGAUUCCAUCGUGCGGCAAUCUAGACACCAGUUUGGAGCAGAGAAAGAUGUCUUUGCACCUCGGUUUCUAAAGAACAUCCACGCCACGUUCCUGCACCUGUUCAAGUGUCCCACAGAUGACCGCGCCAAGAUUGUUCGAGUGCUCAACCUUUGGCAGAAGAAUGUGGUUUAUGGUGAAGAUGUCAUUCAGCCCCUCCUAGACAUGGCAAACCCAGGUAGUGGAGGCGGAGCUGUGGCACAUGUAGUAAAGACAGCAGCCCCUGCCCCUGCCCCGGUCAAUGCUGCUGCUGCCAUGGCGCCUGCAGCAGUCAAACAGGAGAAGGGCGCAGCAGAUGUAGGCUCAUGGCUCUCCAAACAUAGUGAAGCAGCAGAACAAGUGCAACAACAACAGCAGCAGAUAGAGCAACUCCAGCUCUUGCAGAAGCAGCUCCAGAAGCAGUCCCAGGCGCCCAAGGCCACUCCUGGCAUUGACACGUCCCUUCUCAGUCAGAUGCAGACCUUGACCAGCCAACUCAAUGUCUUGACCAACCAAGCAUGGGCUGGGGAUGCCGCAGCGGUCAAGGUGGAAAAGGCCGCACCAGCGCAGGCCAGCAAUACAAACUCCAAACCCAGCUCAGGGUUUAACAAGGCUUUACUUGACUUUGAUUAUGGAGAUGAGGAAGAUGAAGUUCAGAUUGUCAAGAAAGAUAGCACUCCCUCAGCAAGUACCAUGAUCCCCAGCCUUCAGGCUAGCUUGGAGGCAGUUCAACGCCUCACCCAUCAGCUGCAACAGGCCGAGUCCCACGAUAAUGUCAAGCCACAGACGGCAUACCCUGAUCCUCAGCAGCAACAUUAUCAACCAGAUGGGGAUAACAUCAUUGCAGCUCCGGAGCCAGGGGAGAUAGAGGCAGAGCAUGGGCAAGAGGAAGCGGAUGGUAGAGGGGAAUACUACCAGUCUGAGGAGGUGGAAGAGUACAGGCAGGAGGAGUCAUCCUCCUCCUCAGCUAAGAGAUCUAGGAGAGACAGGAGCAGAUCACAUACUCCAAAGAAGAGCAGGCGUUCACGAAGCAGGUCACGCUCAAGAUCCAGGUCUACCUCCCGGUCCAGGUCCAAGUCCAGAUCAAAGCGGAAACGACGAUCCCGCUCCAGGAGUCGGUCCCGCAAGCGAAGAUCGCGCUCUCGUGACCGCAAGGACCGUGACCGAGACCGCGACAGGGACAGGGAUAGUGACAGACAUAGCGACAGACAUCGGGACAAAGAGAGGGAUAAGGAGAGGGAACGAGAGGAACGAAAGAAGGAGAAAGAAGAGGAGGAACGCCAGAGGGAGAGACAGAAGGAAAGAGAAAAGAAGGGUCUUCCAUCCAUGAAGGAUAAACAUCUUAGUGUGUGCAGUACAACGUUGUGGUUAGGUCGACUGGCCAAGAGCAUUGCUGAGUCGGACAUCAGAACACUUAUUGCAGAAUAUGGAGAGAUCAUCUCAGUUGAGAUCAUUGGGACUAGAGGAUGUGCCUACGUGUGCAUGGCAAAGAGACAAGAGGCACACAAAACUCUCAAGAAAAUCAAAGAUGUGAGACUUCAUGGCAAUAACUUGAAGGUUGCCUGGGCCCUUGGUAAGGGAAUGAAGGAUGCUAACUACAAGGAAUACUGGGACGUGGAGAAGGGUGUUAGUUACAUCCCUUGGGACGAGCUGCCGUCCAGUGGUAACUACGAGGUCAUUGCCCAAGGAGCCAUGAUCGAUGAAGAGACCAUGCCUCCAGAAGUCAAAGAAGCCAAAGUGGCACAUGCAGCAGCUCUGAAGGCAGCAGAAGAGGCAGCAGCUUCCGCCAGUGCGGCUGCUGCUGCUGCCACCACCGUAGCACCUGCCCCACUGCCUCCUAUGGCUGCAGUAGCCGCUGUCCCUGCCCCUCCUCUACCAGGCAUGCCCGUAAUGAUGCCAGGCCAGCCUUCCAUCUCUGUCGCACCAGGUGUCCUUCCAGCAGGCAGCCAGGUAUCUGCCAUGGCACCCAUACCAUCACUGAUGCCACCCAUGGGGACCCAGCCGCAGGUAGCCUCGACUGUCGCCGCUCCAGCAGCUGUUCCUGCACCCCACAUGGUGCGCAUGCCUGUCAUGCCUGGUGGUGUCUUCCCACCGUUUGUUGGAUUCGGUCAAUUGGCCACUCAAGGUUACAGGUUCCCUCCAGGUUUUGUUCCAGGACAGCCACCACCAAUGGGUGUGCCUCCUCCUGCAAGAAUGAUGCAUCCAUCUGGAAUACCACCAGCCAUGCAGCCUUCGAUUCCGAAUGUCAGUCAAGCAACGGCGGUUGGAGCAGUGCCUCAAGAAGCACAGAAACCACCACCAGGCAUAUCUCCUGGAGUGGCAGAGCCCAAGAUGGAACCAAGAGAAGAUGCUACACCUGCAAAUAUUAGCAUGGCAGGAUUAACAGGCUCAAUGGUUACAUCGCAACCUUCGUUCGUCAUGACGGGUGGUAUAAGACCUCGUUUCAACCUACCAGGUUUAGUGCAACAGGGUUUGAUUAUGAACCCAGGGAUGAUGCCAGGACAAAGGAUGCCUCCACCCAGAACAACCAUGUUCCAACCUAUGCCUUCGGCGGCGUCUAUCACAGCAGCUUCGGUAGCGAAUUCAAUUCGUCCUAUCCAGUCCUUGCUGAAUAAUGCAAAUCUACUUGGUCUUACCCCACAGGCAUUGGAAGCAAUUCAGAAGACAGUUUCAGAGGCUACUGCUGUGAAGUCUGAACCUCCAAAGUUGCAUGGCAUCUUGAAGAAUGCAAGACCGCAACCUGUCCAGAUGCGACCAGGAUUAGGGGCACCUCCUAGGCCUUUUCUUGUACCUGGUAUUAGAGGAAUGAGACCGGUUGGUCUUGCUGCACUACCAAACUCUGGCCAGGGAGAUAACCAACAAUUAGGAGCUGAACCUAAAGAUGCCUCAGCAGUUGGACAACCAGAUAGGCAAGACAAACCCAAUUUGCCGGAAAUGGGAGGGAGUAUGGGUCCUCGACCUGGAAUGCCAGAUAGGCAAGGGCUUGGAAAUCGUGGAGCAGUUCGAGGAAACUCUGAUAGAGGAACUGGUGAGAAGUCUGAUGAUCAGGAAGUUGGCCUUGACAAGUUGCAGAUGAUGUUUGGGGAUCGACCUGGUUUGAGACCAGAUAUGGCAGGUAUGCAAAGAUUCCGACUUCCCGGACCUGGAAUGCAAGCAAGACCAAUGAGGCCAGAGUUUGGAGAUGUCAAUAGAUUUGCUGGUCCUGCACUACGUAUGUUGCGUCCGAUCCUUGGGCAGCAAAUGAUGCACCGAGGAAUCCCCCCGGGUAUGCAGAUCCGUGUAGGUCCACCUAUGCAGAAUGUAAGAAUGGCUGGUCCAUCUGGAGGAGUCCAGUACCCUCCAAACAGUGGAAUGCGUAUGCCACCUCCGGGGAUGGGGAAUCCCCGAGGACCCCUUCCAGGUAUGAUGCGCCCACAAGGUAUGCCUCCCCCAAAUCAAGGUUUGCCUCCUACCAAUCAAGGAAUGCCACAACCAAAUCAAGGAAUGCCACCAUCAAACAAAGGAAUGCCACCAUCGAAUCAAGGAAUGCCUCCUGACAUGAAUGACCCACCCAAGAGGCCGGGACAAAAUGUACCACCUCUAUUACCUGACAAGCCUGAAGGACAAAAUAGAAGAGAAGAAGAUCUAAGAAGACAGAGUGGGGCACCUAGUAGAUGGAGUAAUGCUACACCAGAUGAAGGCAAUAAAUUCCCAAGCCGCUGGCAAGACGGAAACCAACCAGAAUGGAGAAACAGGAACAGAGGCAAUAAUGACCAAGGUGGAAGAGAAGGCUCGUCUGGUGCAGGGUUUGGCAGAGAUGUUGACAUGAGGAUGAACGAGGGACCACGAGAUAGGGAAUUCCGUCGCCCCGAUGAAGGGGAUCACCAAGGAAGGGACUGGAGAAGAGAUCGUGGGGAUCGGGAUGAUAGAUUUACCCGCGAUAGAGAUGAUCGUUAUUCACGGCAUGAUCGUGAUUCUGACAAAGAAAAAGAGAGGGACCGUGGUUGGCAAGAUCGUGAGAGAGACCGCAAUCGUGAUCGCGACAGAGGGCGGGAUAGAGAUAGAGACCGCGAAAGCAAUAGGGAUUGGCGUGACCGAGGCGAUAGAGAAAGAGAUUAUCGCAGAGACAGGAACAGGGAGAGGGAUAGUGGACGAGAAGCCCCUCCUGGAGACUCAGCAGAAUGGAAACCCCCUGGUAAAGAGCCACCUCCUCAAAGCACCGAAGCAGAUCAAAGCACCAGCGCUGAAGGAGCAGUCCCAGAUGCCUCUGCCUCUGCUCCAGGACUUCCUCAGGAGGCUAUCAUGAAACCAUCUGAUACUCCACAGGCCAUGCUUCCCGCCCAGCCAUUUGAGGCUGCAGAGCCGAGACAACCAUCCUUCGAAGAAGAAGACAGCUACGAACCUGACAAACCAACCGAAGAUACCGAGCCAGCUUAUCCGGAAAUGUCCUCUGCAGCCAUUCCUCCAUCGGUUCCAUCACCAGAAGAACCAAUGGAAGACUUAGGAGGAGCUCCUGGUGAUGUUCCUGGUGUUGCUGACAUGCCUCAGGAGCCUGUUGAUGACAGUACUAAGCCUGAACCAGCUAGACCAUACCCAGAAUCUCCAGUUCAUGAACAAGCCCCUCCACCAGACCUUGGCAUGCCAGCUUCACCAGACAUGCCAGCAUCACCAGACAUGCCCCAGGCUGCGGCCGAACCUGCCCCUACUGAAACUGCCCAAGUGGAAAGCGAGCAAAGCAAACCUGAAGCUGGACAAUCGGAAGCGGAAGAGAACCCAGAAGAAUCUUGAACUUUUCUUGUCCGUGCAAAAAGUGCCAAUGAUUCAACUAUUUCAUAUUUCACCUAUAUGCACUGUUCAUCUGUGUUAUUGCCAAGUGACUGACUUACCUCUUCAUUGUAGACACUGAAAUAGUGUGAGGUGGGUUCAUAAAAACACAAGGUGUUUUUGUUUGCAUCUCGUCAGGUUUUCUCAAAGAAUAUUAAGAUCUCUCGAGGGAUUAAAGACAUCAUUUUUCCAUCGAUGUGUUUUUGUGAUAUGUCAGUAAUUUUUAAUCUACAUACCUGGUAUAAAUUGUCCUAAAAUAAAUUGAUACUUUAUAAAUUUAUGGAAUUGAGCAACGUCAUGUAGCAUUUCAUGAAAUUACUUAAAUAUUUGUAUUCAUGAAUUAUCCUCCUUUAAAACUCAAAUAUUGCAUGGAUGUAUUACAAGUCCAAACAUUCUGAACUGUUUAUUUUAAAAGAAAUUCUGUUAGAUUUCAGUCCCCAUGUUGGUUGCUUACAAGCAUACGCAUGCUUUCUUAGCAGUCGGGUAAAGCAAGCAUACCAACCAUUGUAAAA